AUGACAGACAAAUCUAUCGCCUCAGAGGUUCUCGCCCAGUUCGCAGACACCCCAUACGCCUGCACCAGCCUCACCAAGCUGAGUGGAGGAACCGGCAACUUUGUCUAUCGAGGUUCUCUGCGACAUGCGCUGCCUGAUGGCACCGACACGGUUGUUUUCAAACAUGCAAAGGACUAUUUGGCGUCGAAUCGAGAGUUUAAACUCUCUCCAGAGCGAUGUCUCAUCGAAGAAAACGCCUUACGAUCACUGAAUGAUUUCCCCGAGUCCACAAACACAGAUAGCGCAGAAGAAACCCCCCACAUCACCGUCCGAACUCCCCACCUGCUCACUUCCCGCCCAGACACCUUCACUCUAGUGCUAGAAUGUCUCCCCAACGCCACAGACCUCAAAUCCCUCCUCGUCAGCGCACCGGAUGCCUUGUCCCGUCCCCACGCCGUCGCUAUCGGCCGCGCACUUGGUAUCUGGCUCGGGUCAUUUCACGCCUGGUCGGCAGCGUCGGCGCAGACUGCGCUCGCGACGCAGCUCGAGAAGAAUCAUCUCAUGCGCGACUUGAAGUUCUCCAUCAACUAUGACGGUAUCGUCCGCAUGGUAGAUUCUCGUCCAGAAAUAUUGGGCGAGAGUCGCGCUGUGUUCGAGCAGGUGCGCGAUAUGGCUGCUGCGGAGGUGGGAAAGACUGGGGGGGAGGGGGUUGGGCCUAUACAUGGGGAUUUCUGGUCGGGGAAUAUCCUCCUCCCCAAAUCAACACCCACCACCACAACCCUCCUAGUCACAGACUGGGAACUCACCCACGUCGGCCCCCGCGCCCUCGACCUCGCCCAAAUGCUCGCCGAGCUAUACCAGCUCAAACACUUCAAAAACAUCGACGCGGGCGAGUGGAUCGCCCGCGCUUUUAUCGAAGCUUACCCCCCGCUGAGCGACGACAUGGCGUUCCGGACGCUGAUCCACGUUGGUGUUCAUUUUGUUUUCUGGGGAAGUGUUGUUCCCGGCUGGGGGGAUGAGGAGCAGGUUGAGGGGAUUGUGCGGUUGGGGAGGGAUUUGAUUGUGAAUGCGUGGGGGAGGGAGAGGGGUUUCUUUGAGGGGACACUGUGGGGUUGUCUUUUUCGGGGGACUUAG